GCCUUUUCGGAGCGUGGGUUCCGCGCGGGCUGGGGCGGGCGAUGCCUUCGCCCUGGAUGUCCCGAGCGGGGGAGGGAAGCUGAAAUACAGCGACGCGCCCUUCCCCGCUGGGGGUAACGUGCUUCACGCCCCUGCCCCCGAUCUCUUGGGUGGCCCCGGCUGGAGUCACCCGCUGUCAGCCUCGCUGCCCGCCGCGUGGGCUGGGCGUGGGGUUCCGGCCGGGAUUGGAUCCAGGCGGCAGCCCCGGCCGGGAUAACGGCUCCUGCUUCCAGGAAACCGUCGCCGUGCUCGGUCCCGCGGCCCGCUUAACCGGAUCUAUUGGGGGUGGAGCUCGUGUGUGUGACACUGGCCAUAAAGGUGCUGCGCGGGUCCCCUCGGGCGUUAGUUUCUUAGCUGGUGGUUAAAGCGUUUUUUCAGCGCUCUGUGGGUGUCAGUGAAACAGACAUUAAACUCCUUGAGAGAUUGACAGUCUAACCCUAGGAUAGAUCAUAUCGGGAUAUCUCCGUGAUGCUUAAACUGGGCUAGUUUGAGACAUAGCAGGUCCUGACUUGGUGAGGAGCAUAUGUCACUUCAAGGAAACCGGACUUUGACUUACAUUGUUAAAUACUACAUUAAAGUGAGCAUAGGGAGCAGCUUUCAUUUUUAAUAUACUUAAAAUGAAUAAAGCGUGUAGGAAAAAUGCACAAGGUAAAAUGUAGUCUGCUAAGUACACUUUUUAACAGUGUGUCAUCUAGUAGUACAGAAAGUUAAUGUUUCAGGAAAAUAAAUAUACUACCACUGGAUAGAUUGCUUCUGAACUUACCAUAUGUUUAGAGAGUGCUUCUAGGAAUUUUGGUCAGAGCCUUAUAGUGAAAGAUUCUGUCCUUUUCUGAGGAAGUGUCCCUUUUAUUUUUUCCUCACUUACUUUAAGGAAUGAGCCACUCUUAGAACAACACACCUUUGGAGGGUCUGUCAUCUGUUUGGCUGUCCUUCCUUAGAUUCAGCUGGACAUUCAGUAGCACUGGUGGAAGGCCCAGUAAAGUUGACAUGACUGGGAUAAAGCGGCCAUUCCCUACUGCUUUACUGGGUAUAUCUUCACUGCAGAGUGAUUUGAACCCAGUUUACCCUAAAGUGGGUGUGAGCAUCACCACUGCAAAGCUAUGCCCAAAUUACCAUGUCACUGUUUCUGGACUUGCCUUUGUGUGUCAGCAGCAUAUGCCACCGUUCUUUGUAACAAGGUGCUCUAGAAUUCUUUCCCAGUCAGUUGUGGGAAAACUUGUCUAUCCUUCAGGAGGAACUGUGGGAAAGCAUUGGAUAAUUAUCAGCACUAGUGUGAUUUUGCUUGUCCUCACUCUAAAGUGUAUGGGUUCCAGCCAGAGUUAAAUCAGAACUUGGACUCUAACCCAGCUGUGCUAGCUAGCUGGGGAAGAAAGCACCUCCAAACUCAAGUAAAAAGUUCUUGUGUAUGAACCAUAAGAGCAUUGGGUUAAAACUUGGGUAAUAGCAAGGGUUAACUCUGGGGUGAAUAUAUUGGGGUAUAUGCUGGGACAGAGGGCUGAAGAAAGAAGAAAAGAGCAGAACUUUUUCUUGGCAAGCACAUACAUGAGAGUGAACAAAAGUACCUUUAAGCAAGUGGUUUGGAAGCUGUUUAUGCAUAGAAUUUGUCAUUCCCGUCCCUCACUGUGGAGCAUGUAAAUCCUGCAAGAGACUUAUUUUCUCAAAGGAACUUCAGGGCCUAUGGUUUCACCCCUUGUAAACAAUGCUUCAAGCUGUAUUAAUUCCCACAGAAAUCCAGAAGGGGUGGGCAAACUACGGCCCCCGUGGGACCAUCCUGCCCAGCCCCCGAGCUCCUGGCCCGGGAGGCUGUCCCCCCUCGCCGGCAGCCUCAGCUCGCUCACUCCACCACUGACGCAACUCUGGGCGGUGGGGCUGUGAGCUCCUGGGGCAGCGCAGCUGCAGAGCCCGGCCUGACCGGUUGCUCUGUCCUGUGUGGUGACAGCGGCAGCAUGGCCCAGCUCCAGCCGGGCGGCACGGCUGUAGCGCCGCCAGCCACCGAUGCUCCAGGCAGCGCGAUGUCACUAGCUGACCCAGUCACCACCUGUCUUUCCCCUACAGUGCAUUAUAUGGUUUGCAAACUUGGAUUUGAGGUAGAAGACAGCCAUUCUGUUAAUAGUAUUGUGUCUGAAAAUGGUGAAGUAUGUUGGAGAACAAUCACAGAGCUUGUGCAUUACCGUGAAUCAGAUCAAAAUGUGGAUUAUAUAAAAAGUGUGCAGCUGUUAGGACCUUUAUGUGAAUCUGUUCAUUUGCAUCUACAAUCCCUGACCAUGGAACAAUUUGAAGUUCAGUACUCAUUGUGGUUCCAGUGGACAAACUGUACGGAGCUACUUCUUGAAGUGUUUGCUGCACUGGAUAGCAUGGAAGCUACAGCAAUUGCACUUAGCUUAAUGAAACUAACAUCGUGUCUGGAGCGAGCCUUGGGUGAUGUUUUCUUACUAAUUGGUAAGGACUGUCCAUUCCUUUUAAGAGAUUUGCUUGCAUCUCAGGAGCUUGCUGCAGUCUUUGGACAAUCUGUGAUGAAUGUGCUAAGAGUAUUCAUUGGGUCUCCAUAUGGUCUAAAUCUCCGUAACAUUUUGUGGCAUGGAUUUGCUUCCCCUCAAGAAAUUCCUGCAAAAUAUUGCUCUAUGCUGCUUAUUUUAACUGCAGGAUUGGGCCAGUUGCUAAAGAUAUACCUAUUGCAAACUGAAACCAUUUUAGUACAUCGACCUUAUAUAGCCUUCACUAACUUAAAGGAGUUGGACAUUUUUCCAGAUAUUAAUCAUGAAGCACUUUCCUUAACUGAGGAACUAGCAAAGAUAUCCAGUUUUGUAUUAAAAACAAUGUUACCAUUUUGGGUUGCUGCACUAACAGCUUUCAGGCAACACAGGUAUGCUGACUGUGUUAUACUGUUACUCCCUCAGCUGGAAACUGGACUUAGGUUGCUCUUCGCCACAGUUAAUAAGUGUCCAAAUAGACUGCUAACUGCUGAGUCAUCUUCUCUUUAUACCACUUUUGAUGAGAUGCUAACAAAACAGCUGAAUGAUAAAGAGAUCAAUCAGCUUCCUCUAAUUCUUGGAGAGCCUUCAAUGGAAUUCCUUUGGGAUUUCUUGAACCAUCAAGAGGGUCCACGUGUAAGAGAUCAUUUAAGCCAUGGAGAGAUCAACUUACAUGAGUUUCCAAGAGAAAUAGCCAAUCAGAUACUUGCAUUUUCAGUUACACUUUUAUGCAGAUUUUCAGAAGUGGAGGAGCUCACAGCUUUUAAGGAGCACAUAGCCAUUAAACCACUGAUCAGCUGUGCAAAUUGCUACCGUUCUCGGUUUCAUCCAAUUGCCCGACUUAAGAAACAGGUGCUGAAGUGUAUGAAGAGCAUUAGUUCAUGGCCUGAGCUUCCUAUAGUGCCUGAAGAGCAAAUUCAAGAAAUUCCAGGGUUGGAAAGAAGUGCAGAAACUAGUCCUUGUAUUUCUGUGACUACAGAAAUCCUCUCUCAGUUGCAACACCAUUUGCCCCAGAAUUGCUACAUUUUAGAUGGUCUAAUGAAUAAUCUUUUAAGUGAGAAGCUACUGGUUGAACUCUGUAGUACGCACAUUUGUACCCUAUACUGCCCACGUUCUGUACUGGAAAUAUUGGUUGUGUUCCGUAAGAUAAGCACACAGUGCCAUCAAGUGUCAGAUCAAGUUAUUGCCAGCACUGAAAUGAGAUACACACAGUGGAUAAACAAGAUACUGCGUUCACGACAGAGGCAUAACUAUCUACGAAUGUUACACAGCAUUAAAUUUCUGUCUCCUGUGUUACGGCUGAUUUUAAUGUUGAUUAUUCUGGAACUAAUUAACAUCCAUACUAUUUGUGAGAAGAAUCCUUGUGAUUAUCAGCAGUAUAUAAAGUUUCUAAAGUCAAUAUUGCAGUAUACUGAGAACUUGGUGACAUACACAAGCCCAGAGAAAAACAAAUGGGAUGAAUCCAUGGAGCUUACGCACAAAGCUUUGAUAAAAAUUAGGACUUUCAGUGAGAGAAAGCUAACAUUAAUGCAGCUAGCAACACAAGUGAAGCUGUCUUGAAAACACUUGGUUUCUAUUACAUCUCAAAAUUAUUAUUUUUUAAUGCCUCAAAACUUAAUGUGGCCAAAAUUCUUAGAAUAUUUCUACUCCUUUCUUUGAGUGCAGCUUCCAUCAAAAUGCCUUUGAAAGCAGAAUUUGGCAUUUAUGUAGCGACAGUGUUGCUGAUUGGAGUUGGAUAAUUGCACUUCCUGAAAAUGGAACAUUUGUCAAGUGCACAAUGAGACUCUGAGCUCUUACCUCAAAAUGAUUUGAAAAUGUAUCUAUUAUUUAAGUGUACUAUGUGCUUUAAAGCUUGAUUUUUAUUUUUUAUAGUGUACCUGAAAAUGACCAGGAAAACACCUGAAAUAAAUGUAUUGGGAAAAAUAUUGAACUGAAAAAAAGCUAUCCGUGUGGUGAAGCUAAUAUUUGGCCCUUUCCAUGGCCACAUGCGACCCAUUCUCUCUCAUAUGCGCUUAAACAAAUAUCCCCUCCUCCCCCCCAACAACAACAAAAACCAACAAAACCAUGUUACAACAUUUUGAGUUAACAGCAUUUCCUGAAAUCCUUGUUUGCUAAUAUUAGCACAGAAAUGGGCAAACCUUGGUGUGUGAUUUUUUUUUUUUAUUUUUUAUUUUUUAAGUUUGUUUACAUGCGAAAAUACUAACAUUUUUGAGUUCUCAGCAAUAAGUAUUGAGUAUUUUUUACACUCACUGUUGUCAUGGUACCUUUUUUGAUUAGUUUAAUUUUUCAUUUUAUCUGCUAGUACCAAUCUUUAAUGAUUCAUAGUUUGGGUAGAAAUUUGGUUUUGUACAUUGAAAAUCAGAAAAUAUAAAUGUUCAUCUUGAUCCUAAAAGUGAUAUGUCCUUAUGUUGCAUACCUCAUUUUUAUCUUUGUUUUUCAAAAAUUAUGAAAAUAAAUCUCUCUUCUGUCCCCCAAAAAGAAAGGGGCCUGCAUGAAUUCAAUAAACAAGCCAUCUACCGAUUAACAUCAAUCCAUGUGCCUUUCCUAAAGGAUGUAAAACAGAUAAAUGCCUCUUGGUCAGGUCACCAUUUUUUAGUAUUUAUAUAUUCGUGCUGUAAGAGGCUUAUUACAAUAACAGAUUGACUUGUUUAGUCUGAAGAUCACUCCAGAAAUGUCCUUUUCUUUUGUAUUCUAAAACCAUUAGCUCGGUUGUAUAGAAGUAUGAAGAUCUUUAUUGGCUGUCUGGUAACUUUGUCACUAGUGUAUGUCAUUAUUCUGUGCAUCCAGAAAGUAAUGUUUCUUUCACAAUUUAAUCAAAGGGGAUCUGGCUAACACCAUUAAAGAUCUGAAUUGCA